AUGGAAAACAUUGAAGUCUUCCUGAAGGCUGCGGAAGCGUAUGGAGUCCCGAGGACAAGCCUCUUCCAAACUGUGGAUUUAUACGAGACAAGAAAUAUGAGUCAAGUGAUCAGCUGUCUCCUUCAACUGGGAACAGAGGUAUGUUAAAAGUCCCCUUUAGCCUCAAGAUUGAAUUACAGGCAUUUUUCGACUAUCCGCGACACAAUUAGCAUUCAAAACUAACUGAAUUUUACAGUAAUAUAAGCACGCUUUUACUCUUCCUAGGGCUACUAAUUUUACCAAGACUGACGCUUUAGUCUCUCUAGGGCUGCUAGUUUCAUCACGUCAAAUGUGGAUGAAGAUAAAUAAUGGCACCUGGUAGGUCUAAAGAGUAAAAAUAUAGACACAACACCAUUAUGAGCGUAACUGUCUUCGGAGUUACUGAUUUCCUGGGCAAAUGUGCACGUUCCGUUUUGAUUUCCAAAACUUCUUUUAUUUGUCCUUGAGAUGCAGAACGCCCUCAUUUCGCAGCGCCAUUCCCACGUGUCCUUGAAUUUACCUUCACUGACCUGGAGCAAUUUAAAAUAAAAUUUACCGACCUGACGGUUGAAAUACUUGCUGGCGUGACAGUACUGCUACCCGUCAUGAUCAUGUGGUUCGUGGUUCGGAGCAAUAAACACCCCAGCGACGUCACUUCAAGGACAUUUGGAAUAUCUGUGGCGCCUCUGGAGCGUAUAAACCUUCCGUUCUCCCCGCUCUUCCGCCGCGCCAGAGAUCACGUGACCGCGGCCCUGGAGCAGAAGAAGUGCCCUCACGCUGAUUAGCACUCACGUGACGCUUAGUCACUGGCAUCCACAUCAUCCAUGCGGCGAUGCGCGCAGCUCCAGGGUCGACUGGUCGUCAGGGCCGCAAGUUGCCAUCAGGAUUCUGUACAGACAAAACUCCUGUGAGUAUUAAUCCGGACCUAGCCUGAUUAUUGUAGUGGUUAAUAAACUGCUAACAAUGCUAUCCGUCACGCAUCUUCACACAGUUAAAGGUAGCAUUUGGAUGAUGGGUCGAACAAGUAAAACAGCAGCGAAAUCUCAGCUGAGUCAUAGCACAUGAUCUCAUUUUCUGUCGCCUGGACUCAACCCUUCCCCUGAAACAUGCCGAGGGGAGGGAGAAUAAAAUCGGUCCUAUGUGACUUGGUUUUCAUUGUCGAGUUAACGCGUCAUUAACCGACUUGAAUGAUUGCGGACGGCAGCAGUAUAGAGGAGUACCCCACUUAACUGUCAGUAGACUGUGCAUCGUGUCAUAUGGGGUUUUAUCUUGGCAUACAUUUGCAGGCUGUUGCAUAAAUUACACUGGCAACAAAGAUUACUUUCCACUACCCCACAUCAUAACUCAAAAUCCGUUAUUUCGUGAAAUUUACUUUUUGUUUCUUGUUUCAUUACUACCCUCAUUUCCGCUGUCGUACAAUAGCGUAAGAUAAGACUUUCGGCAUAAAUUCAGGCAAUUUUUGUGUUUUCUUUCAUUUUGUCAGCUUACUGUCUAGCGUGCUGCCCCACCCAUACAACUCCCUUUACCAUAAAUCACGUAUUGUACGAUCCACAGUCUAAUGACAGCUAAGUGGGGUAAUUCUUUAUACCGUUGCCCUUACUGCGGGUAAUAGCGCCCAACUCUGCUAAGCCUGGUUAGGUUGGUGUAAGCCAUGCCUGAAUAUUCAUUUUAUCUAAACUUACCUUCAGUGGCCCAUAUGAAGUCUUGUCGCCCAGAGUGAUGUCGGUCAUCGCCCAGCACGGCGGUCAAGCAGACAGAAUCUCUCACAGAGCUUACCUUGACUUGCCUCGCCCUAAAACGGCCCGCAAUUAAAGAAAUCCUGCUGCCCAUCAAAAGGAACAACUUAAAAUCGUGACUUAGAUGCCUUCCCAGAGGUCUGAUAGUUCAUCGGUCGCGUCCGUCGAUGUCCACUGUGUAAUAAGGCGAGAUCAGGCAUGGUGACAUGUGCGUGAAUUAGUUUAUAGUGACGGUAGACUUGCGCAGCAUCUACUUCACUCUCAGUCCCCUACACUCCACCUGGGCCCGGCGUCGAGACAGACUCAAAAAGACCGGAGGCGUGAGAGGGCGCAUGUGGCUAGCACGGCCGGAUCCGCACCUGGGCGUGCCAGCAUACCCCCUGGUCUACAACAAACACUUGAUCAAGAUUUUAACCGAAAACAAAAGUGGGUCAGAAAGAGGAGAGAUCAGAGACCUACAUACCGUUAGUCUGCGGUUGCCGGCUGAUGUCAAGAAUCGUUCACAGGCCUCACAGUUAAUGUCUCGCACUUUGUUACGGCGCCUUUUGCACACCAUAAACAACUCACACCCCACCCGCAGAUACCGCUACUGUCCAAACUGGUCCUUGUGGACUGACGUAUUUUGCACUAGACCAGGUCGCUUCUGCAGGCACCCAGGACCCCCAUUCGACGUUGUAGAUCAGGGCAUAAACUUCCAUGCUCAAGAGCCUAUCAAAUGCAGAUGCAAGUGCUGAUCUAUGGAAAUUAUCUACUCUGCCAUAGGCAGAGCCUAACCACCAUGGCCUUAAGCUCAAGUUCAGAGUAGAAAGAAGAUAAGUCAUGCGCAUGUGGAGGGAGGAAUUUAUUCUGUAUAGAAAGCAGCUGGACAAAAGACGAGCAAAUGUUGCGUUGUCGGAGUGCGUGUCCGAGUGCCUAGAACGGGAUUGCGCGCACGCCAGCCUUGAAGUUGAUUGGUGGCAGGUUUGCGCAUCCAUAAUUAGCCGAGCCCCAAACGGAGUCUCUCGGUUUCGGAGUUUGAUCGGACUCUCUGAUAACAUCAUAGUGCGCCACAGCUCAACAUUGACGACGAAAUUGCGACGAUCAACGUCCGGAUGCGAUCGAGCAGGCAAUCAUUACACCAAUGACGAUCACCAACUGUUAAUUAUGUCAGACAUGUGGCUUAAUGGCAGCUGCAAAGACUGCACCCCUUGAUCCACAGUUGCUUCUGUCUCUGAUGAUGGAUUCGAGUGAGCAGCCGAAACGUUAGGCAAAUAAAAUUCUUGCUCCAGUGAUCGCAUCUCCUGCUCCUCACGCGUCUCAUGAAGCUCAGCCUUUUGCUUGUACUGAGUCCCUGAAUGCCAGCUGAUCGACUGCCGCUGACACGUGCGUGCAUGUGUGUGACAAACAGAUAGGCAGCGUUGCAGUAGACGCCGACAGUAGGGCCACUACAAGUGCUUUGACGGGCGAGAUUUUGAAACAGGACCGACUUUAAGACGGAAGAAGGCGUUCAACUAGCCGUCUAAGAUGUCACACACGUACGGCGUCGCCGGAAACGGGUGUCCGAAUGCCAUGAGCGACGGCGCAUACAAACCAGCCUUGAAGUCAGACAGCCGCGAUUGGUAGAGCCCCAUACAGAGCUUCUCGGUUUCAGCGCUUUGUCGAACGCAAGGAGAACACCAUACAGAGCCGCUACUCAACACCGGUUAAUGUGGACUCGCAAGCCAUCAUCGCACUAAUUACGAGCAAUGGCGAUGAAUGGGGGAAUUUCUAAUUAGAGUUGGUGUAUGGUGCCAUGGCAACUGCUUCCCAAUAAAUACAGCAGCCUUAUCUGUCUCCGCUGAUGGGUUCCAGCGAGGAUCCGAAAGGACAGGUCGGGAACAUCUGUGCAAAGCAUGACGUCAAAAAGGACUACUGACACAGAUUCGCUCUCCGGGUCAUCUGAAGAAGCGGAAGAGUCAGGACCUUCUCUUGGUUGCACACGAGAAUAAAUACCCCCUCCCCCCAUAUUGCAUGUGAAUUUACGCUGACUUCAAUGGAUGUGAUAAUUGCCUAUACGGGCGAAGAUGCGAAUUCCAGGAAUUAGUUGAUAAGACGUAGAAGCGACCGUCGGAACAGGAGCUUUAUUUGCCUGACGUUUUAGAUUCACGCUCGAGUCCAUCAUCAAAGACAGUGACGGAUGGGGGCGAUGCGGGCACAGAAAGUUGCAGUGGUUGUAGGAUGAAGUCGCUAUGCUACUGCAUAUCUAUAAUGAUCAGGUUGGAGUUGCACACAGACCGGAGGGCACCAUAAGGCGUCAGACAAUGAGACCAAAAGACCCACUGCCACGGAGAGAAGCCUCUAGAGUCAUUUACCGGAUCUGGUGUGGUUACAGGCAGAGCAACUGCGUCGGAGAAAUUGGAAGGCUGUUCCGGACGCGAAUCACCGAACACGCGACGACAGUUCGGAGAAAUGACGUCUACUCUCAAGUCGCGACACAUUCGACGAGACCCGGCGACACAUCCGACUUCGAUAAGGGCGAAAUUCCCCCGAGAGGUGAUAAUCGCGUGAGCCGCGAGUUGCUUGAGUCAUGGUUCACGGGCUCUCAGUCUAUUAACAAGUGCAGUGAUAUCCCCACCCCAUAUUCGGUGAGCUAGGUGGCCGAGCAUUCAUCACGCCAACAUCCAACACGAACGACGAAAUAUCAGCAAUUAACAACGCGUAUGUCGACCAUCAAGCCAUUAGCGCACCAUCGGGCAACAAUCCUCGAUAAAGGUGAGAGCAGUUAAUUAACAUAGUAACUGCCUCCUAUAAAUACUGCAAAUUCCAGUGCAAGAAUCUGCUACUGUCUCUGAUGAUGAGUUCGAGCGUGAGUCCGAACGUCGGGCGAAUAAAGCUCCUGUUCUUGCGAUAACUUCUACCUCUUGUCGAUGUGAUUAUUCUCAUAUCAUAGCCUUAGCCCCAAUCCUAACCCUGGCUCUCCUAACACUAGCCCCUUGGAGUUUAGUGCAAGGCCGCUUGUAAUACGAGAAUGGGUACUUAUUCUCGUGUAUUGAACGUCUUGUGACGUUCACCGGAACGGUCUAUCUCGGUGACUUUAUGAGAAGCUGUAACGUAUGUUCCCUGUGAGCCAUACACGAUUUUCUUCUCUGCAAGACUCAUUCGACCUGAUUUAAAACUGUUCUUGGUUUACUCCCUGCUGUCACGCAAACCCUAAAACAUCAGGGGUGACUGUCUUAGAAGGUCAUCGGUUGUGUUUACUGCAGAGAUCCUUCACUGUCUCACCACCCCACAGCUGGGUUAAUUCUGAAAAAAUUAAAUGCCUGACAGAAGUCAGCAACACUUAUCUAAAGGUGAUGGCAUUGAAAUUCGUGCUCGGGUGGGCGCAGGGCACGUCUUUGUUUUGAUUUGCAACCAACCCAUCAUAACGCAAAAGUUCGGAAAUCAAAGAGCAAUCUAUACUUGCCGAGGGUGUAAGUCGACAUGUUUUUCGGAGUACUUAGAUAGCAAUUUCACUAGCUGAAAAGAUCGUAUCAAGUGUCUUUUUGAAAAACCUGAACUUCAAGCACAGGAUCUACCGGCGUGUGCCUCGUGAUAACAAAGUCAAGGAAGGUUUGUAGUCACCGUGAAAUAAGAAACGUACACUCCGACACAUUCAGCUUCGAAGAAGUAUGAAUGCCAUCCAAAAGGGUCAAGUGAUACUAGCACUUGUAGCAGAGGAUAUUCUUGGCACAUACUGGUGGCCGAUAGUAGUUGUUCUGUCGCUUCUAUGACCUCUAAGAUUAUCGAUCGAUUCUUAUCUCAGUACCACCGAAACCCUCAAAGAGGUAGGAAAGUUGCCAUGAAACGCUGGACAACAAAUUGACUGCACUUUUCGGAGUUUCUGUAAGUGAAUGGAAGCUAAUUUUUCAAAAACCUUCACGCGCUGAAGCUGAAAAGUACAGUUAAAUUGGUCUCCAAUGAGUAAACCUGAUUUGCAGAGGUGAGUAAUGUCUGUCCAUACAAAUAACUGAGUAAAUAAAACAGAACAGCACAGCGUCCAAAAGGCCUAUUAGACGGUAUUAUUCAAGCAUUCCUGUCAUACGCAGUCCUGCAGUUAGACACGUGUGUGGCGGUUGGUUAUGGGUUUAAAAAUUCCGCUGCGAGAAUUCGCCGAAUUCUUUUAUCUGAGCGUUUUCUGCAAUGCGCUGGACUACGGACAAGAGGUCUUCCCUUAAUAGUACAUGGUUACAUGUCGGAGGUCAGAGGUGAUCAAGAAAUAGGAAUACAAUUAGUAGAUGCGAUAAUAAGCGUGCCGUUUUCUUCGCAUCGAGAAAAGUUUUCUUCCGUAUAAUUUUGAUUAUAGAGAAAAAAAGUGUUCUCACGCUCCCCAAAAUCAACAGAUUUAUAGGGGCCCGAACUAUACAAAUAUCAAACGUGCUACUCUGACUCCACAAAGCAACUUAUAAAUGUUUUAAUUGCCUAAAAUGAAAUUUAUUUUGACCAAACUAUGAAAAAUUCGAUGGUCUUGGUGGGAUUUGAACCUUCAACAGCGAGGAGAAGGCUUGAUUACAAGCCAACAUUCUGGCCACCUGAGCUACAAGGCGCCACUUGGAGCCGUGAAUUUAGUUCCACUUGGGUCAAGUUACCCGCUCAGCCUAUUGAAAAACAUGAAGCCUACCAAGUCUGAUACAGUAAGCUGUCUGCCAAAGCGGGAUUUCCUGAACAAUUCAUUUGAAAUCCACCAGAUGACUGUCCGGAUCACGUCAUUGAUUUAUAUUUUUGGCAGAUAUUAAUAUUACAUUUUUAACCAUGUCUGGACCAAGUUCGAAUUGCAGAAUUGACUGCCGUACUAUCUCUAGAUCCCAAAAUGUCAGUGACCACAUCCUUGAUUUUCAGGUUUGUUGAUCCUAAAACAGGCUAUGCCGUAGAUGCGAUAGCACAGCAUACGGUCUAAACCAGUGUCCGGUGAGGGUGGCGGUGAUCAUGGCAAUCGCACUCAGUGGGAUCCAAACCAACCUCUUUUUUCUUGCUGGUUAAGAUCCUGGGCAAGUGUUUGUUGUGGGUCAGGGAAUGUGGUUGCUCGCCUAGGUACUGGUCCGGUCGUGCCAGCUACCUGCGCUCUUCCCCGCCUUCGGUCGUCUUGACCCCAGGCCCAGAUGGGGAGGGGGGGAGUGCGGUAGAUGCUGUGCAAGUUUACUAUCACUAUAAUCUUACUCACGCGCGAGUUACCGCCCGUGCGUGCACCCUACUGUAAAGUACACGGUCACAUCAUCGGUCACGAGGGUUGAACAGUCGUGAUUUUUGGGAUUGGUAAACGUCCGUCUUCACAAAACUCCGUUUUUUUUCAAUUCAUCUUCAUAAGGCCUUUAAGGUAACUCGUCGGUCAGAAGAAUAUUGGCUGCUGAGUGGAAAGACCGAUAGUAGUGUAAUGUAGGAUGGUACUGGCUCACAGAGCAACGUGACAAAACAAUGGAAGGAAAGAAGAAAUAGCCAUGGGCUUUGAGCUGUCGGGAUCUGAGACUCGAAUAUCGAAUACAGUUGAUGUCGGCAUAUCAAGAAGACGAGUAGAUGGGAGAGAGGGAGGGAGCAGGGGCGAAUCGGAUGUCGUCUCAGUCGACAGGAUGUACUACUUAGAUUUUGGUCGUGGUGGCCCUGAAACCUCGAGGCAGCUGAGUUUUGUGAAAAAAGUUCGUCAAGAAGAGUGACUACCGUCCCUGCUAUUGACCCUCUGUGUUCAAGUGACCUUUGUGAGGGUUUCCCUGAAAACCUGCGAUUGUACUUGCAACGCAUAUUCACGUUUCCUUCCAAAAUUUUCGGUGUCGGUAAUGCAGCCGGGAUUAUUUUCCCUAAAAAGGGUAGCAGUCCUGCUGCCUAUUUUUUAAUGAAACGGUAAAACGUAAAUCAAAUCACACUUGCCACGCAUCUUGUAUGAAUCUCUAAAUGAUAACUACCCAGACCAGUGUGCAAUCUUUUGAAACGUUACGGUAGAGCGGACGAUGGAUUUCCCGCGCAAACAGGUCAACGUCAUGAAAAGGCUUCAGCAAACACGUAUUUUCGAUGAAUUCUUAUCGGUUUUUUUGACUUGCCUAGCAAUUUAAUGUGAAGUGAAGUGUUGAGCCAGCCUCCGCUAGUCCCACGAACCUAAAAGACCACGUUUAAGGUUCUACCCUACCCCGCACUAACCCUAGGUUUGCCUGUAGGCCUGACGAGACUGCAUCGCAUGCAUGCCUGCCGAAGCCGCCUGUGCGUCAGAACAAUUUUCAGAGCAAGGGGUCUUCAUUUGCAUAACAGCUGCCAUUACUGGACUCCGCUGCAUUGUUGUUAGACAGCACUGACGUGCACUCUUCCAUAAAGUACACACUUUGAGAAGUUUUGCUUGAUCAGCGGAAUCAGAAAUGCGUCUAAACAGAUUGUGAAGAUUUAUUUUACAAAAAAGCGCGGCAUGCCACUAGAAACUGCAAAUUAUCAUUCACAAAUCGAACAGGCAUGGCGGCCAAAAGAAAUACCAGUGGUAUUUUAUCUUGGAUAGUUUGUGCAUUGCAUGGCGGAAGCAUUUGAAGAGGACCUACUGACAUUUUUCUAAACGGCUAAAGAGAUUAAGUCAUUAAUUACUAUUUUGCAGACGAUUCCAUUUGUCACUGGCAUGUGUCGGGGCCUAGGUGUUACCAUUAGAACUGCACUGGUGACUCUAGUUUUCACAAAUUGGACUUGACGAUGACGGCUACAGUCGCUAAUGAGAUGAAAAUGCCUUCGAAAUUGGUAAUGCGUCAAAAUAUUUGCAAGAUUUUCGCGUCUUUCUGAUAGCUUUCCACGUCACGACGAACAGGAUUGCGUGAGCAAAUCAGGGCACAACGUCCAUAGAGAAUAGUCCAUCAGGGAUACGGUGGUGGUGGUGGUGGUGGUGGUGGUGGUGGUGGUGGUGGUGGUGGUGGUGGUGGUGGUGGUGGUGACAAUGACACAUCUAAGUGACUGACGGGAAUGCUUGGAAAGUUGUCGAACUCUGCCACUUUUGUCAGCAAGAAGACAACAAGAGAAGUAUUUUAGGCUAAGCGGAUGCAAGCGCAGACUUUUACCGGUCGUAAUCUAUAAAGAGAGCAGGGUAACACGUACUUGACAAUUUCCUCAAAUUAAUUUAUCAUGUAUUUCCGAUUAAUUCUUAUGCGUAUGGAUACCGCUUUGAGACAAUUCUCAACAUUAAUCGUGCAGAACGUAAACUGUACAUAAAAAAUCCCCUAAUCACAGAUAACUGACUUGUUUGAUAAAAGGUCUUCUUUACACUGACGUAGGUUUCUUCCUGCUAGGUCUAUACAAAAGGCCAAUAGGCGCUUUGAUUUUUUUUAUUUGCUCUUGGUAACUGAGACCAUCGCAUAAUUUGCCCAAAACAUUUUGACACUGCGUGAACUGAUUAGACGGACUCCAAUAUUUUCGAAUUUGCGUUUACUCCUUUGCUGUUUUUUAAACGGCACAGGCUUUUAAAAAUACAUUUUUUCGCUGCUUCACUUCUAGUGCCAGCGCCAUAACUUCGGUGGUCCAGUCUGCGGGCCAAAACCAACGUACGAGAACAAACGCGAAUUCACGCAUUCGCAACUGAACGCUUCAAAGGGCAUUAUCGGUCUGCAAGCUGGUUACAACAAGGGCGCUAACCAAUCCGGCCUCAGCUUUGGAGCCAGCCGUCACGUGGCCGACCUCAAGGUCGACGAGAUGUCUGCUGGAGGCAAGAGUCUAAUUGGUUUACAGGCAGGAUCCAACCUAGGCGCCAGCCAAUCUGGUAUGAGUAUGGGCGCGCAGAGACACAUUGCAGAUAUCAAGGUCGACCAGAUGUCUGGUAGUGGUCAGACCGUCAUCGGCCUCCAGGCGGGGUCAAAUCAGGGAGCCAGCCAAUCAGGGAUGAGUAUGGGUUCAGUGCGCCACAUUGGAGACAUCCAGAGUGGCGAGCUCUCCAGAAGUGGUCAGGGUGUUAUCGGACUGCAGGCGGGCAGCAACAAAGGCGCCUCGCAGACGGGAAUGGCCUUUGGAACCCAGCGACACAUAAACGAUCUUAACGUUGGAGGGAGAAAAUGA